AUGGUUCAAACCUUUACCAAUUGUGAUACUGGAGAAUGGUACGGCUUCGGAAACUCUUCGCAAUUCAAUAUUGGCCAGACGGUGCAAGUUCAGUUUGGAGCUUUCGAUGAGGGCACAACGAAACUGAAUAUUUAUCUCACAAGACCGGGCGGUAGUCUGGUCAAAUCGCUCGUCCUCAACGCUGGUUUCGGCCGAGGUAGCUCGGUAUACCGUUUAUAUAAUUCUUCUUCAACAUGUGAACUGGAUCAACUCAACUUGACCAUCCCGAACGAUGCGGGGGUCGCUACAAACUCCUUUGAUACGUUCCAAUUCGGCAUUUUCAACUCAUCGACUAGUCUGGGCGAAAAUGGAAACCCUCUCUCUGGCUUUUUAUCGUGGUCACCCAACUUCGAGGUGUGGAAUAACGCCACUACAACCGCACCAGCUUCCGGAACGACGUCUGCGACAUCCAAAACAUCCGCAACAAUUACAUCAGCGCCAAAUCAGAGUACAACAACUACGUUGAUACCUGAAAAUAAUAGUUCUGGAGGACUGUCGUUAGGGGCCAAGGCUGGGAUAGGUGUUGGUGUUGCUGUUGGAGGCGUGUUGCUGGCAGUUUUGAUAGUGGGUGUAUGGUUAUGGAAUCGUAAGAGGCGGAAUGCGUUACCGAGAGAAACAGAUGCGCAGAUGGAGUCAUUCUCAAAACCGCCAGGGCCUGGAGGCAACAUACAGAGCGAGGACUUGCAUGAACUACCGCCUGCUGCUAAUCAGCAAACAGACGUGAAAGGGCAUUAUCAACCCAUUCCCCAGCAGCCUGUGGUGCAUGAGAUGCCCUCGACCAAUCAAACGUACGAGAUGCCAUGA